CCAGCUCUGAGGAGAUGGCGUCCGUGUGGAGCGUCUUCCUGCUGCUGAUGGUCGGAGUUCAGGCUCAGAGCGGAGACACCGACAGCGACCUGGAGCCCAGAAUCAGCUGCAGCUCUCACAUCACCACCGAGGUCACCAACAACAGUCUGACCUGUGAGCUGCUCCCUGGUCGUCAUGACGACGAGGAUGCCGAGGAUGAUGAGGACGAGGCCGACGGCAUCGAGACCAUGACCCUGUGCUCGUCUGACGUGAGCGCCGGGUCGCGGCGGCUCCGGUGUGAGACGGGUCACGGGAACACGCUCAGCUUCAGUCAGGCGCCCGUGGUCGACUUCGAUCUGACCGUCCAGCUGAAGAGAGGACGAGAGAUCCGGACCAGAGUCAACCUGCAGAAGAUAGUUAAACCCCGCCCACCUCAGCUGUGGAACGUCACGUUCGACCAGGAAUCGAACAAGGCGGUCGUUCACAUCCAGAGUCCGUACCACAGAGACUACCUGACAGGAAACCAGAUGUUCCAGCUGCACAUCUGGGCCACGGAUGGACCCCACAUGAUUCAGAACAUCUCAUCAGAGAGCAGCAUGAAGAUCGACAUGGAGCAUCUGAGGAAAAACACCAAGUAUCAUGUGAAGGUGCGAUCGAUCCCAGUGAAGCCUCUGGAGGGAAGCUGGAGCGAGUGGAGCGACACGUUCAGCUUCUACACUCCUGCUGGAGCCCAGGAAGCUGACGACAGAGAGCAGAUGAUCAAGGUGAUGCUGUGUCUCAUCUCCCUGGUGGUCGUCUCCGUCACCGUCGUUUUCCUCCAGAAGAACAAAAUAUUGACGUACAUGUGGCCGAGUAUUCCUCAUCCUAAAGACGCGCUGGUGCACAUCGGCAAACCAAACAAAGGUCUUCUGUUGAACUUUAACCCCGAGGUGUUCAGCGCUCUCAGAGUUUCUUCGAUGUCGCCGUGUUGUGACGAACCAGAGUCUUCGCCCGGUCCUGCUGACGGAGCUCAGUCGAGCCCUCCCUCCUCCACCCAGAGCUCCGACUGCAGGAGCACCACCAGCGCCAGCACCGAGGAGCUGGAGCUCUCCGCCCUGCUGAGCGGGAGCUCCUCCUCCGCUGCGGACGCCAGCCUCCACAGCGCCAGCCCCUCCCCCAUCCACCACCUCCUGCUCGAGGGCCGAACGGAACCCGGCAGUGGAGCGAAGGAGUCCGAGGCGCCGGGAGCAGGUCAGCAGGAGGAGGCCUAUGUCACCAUGUCCAGCUUCUACCAGGACAAGUAGCCUGAGGUAAUCCAACUCCCAGUCGGAGGUCCAGCGCCACCAUGAGGCCGAAAUAUAAAUCUGAGCGGUGGCAGAAGGAUUUCAUGAAAUGGAGGAGAACCGGUGUCAUUGAGAUCAGAAGUUCUUCAGACUCUGAUUCUGCUUCUCUCAAACUCUUCAUAUCGAACUGCUUGUUUAUUUAAUCAAAGUUUUUACAUCCACUUUGUUCAGAGGACGGACGCCACCAACUGUCCUCCAGCGCCACCAUGAGGUCAACAUUUUGUCUUCAUAAGCAUACACUGUAAAUAAAGAUGGACGACACACCUCCUCCACAAUUUAAGCCAAAAUACCUCAGGUUCAAACGCUGCCAUCUUGUGCCGAUGACGUCAUGUGGUGAUAAACGCCUGCUUUGAUUCUUUAAGUGGAGGAGGCGGGGUUUAUGACCUAUUCUCCAGCCGGACACCAGGGGGCGAUCAAGACGCUUUGGCUUCACUUUUGGGAGCCAUCAUGUCGUCCAUCUUUAUUUAAAGUCUCUUGAAGAUUGUAGCAACUUCCUCCAUGACAGAGAUGAAGAGUCAGGUCAGUGUUUCCUGAUCAAAACUACUUUAUUAACAUUUAUUUCUAACACAAUAAACUAGAAUGAAUCUCAUUGAAAACAUAAACAAACUCAUAUGAUGAAAAGGUAUUAAAGUUAAAACAUGUCUAUUGAUGAAUGUUUGAAAUAAAAUCUAAUUUUAUGUUUUUCUACUCAAUAUUUGACUAAUUCACAGAAUAUUCACAGUAAUUAAACUCUCACAUGUUAAUGAGCAGAGACAUGUUCAGUAGUACGGGCCGAUGUUCUCGUAUC